UGAAAAUAAAAGAAUUAGUAAUCACUUUUGAAGCAAAAAUUGUUGUUCUUUUCAUAAUUGUUUGGGUUAAUUGUUGAUCGAACAAUUCAGAGGAAAAUUGUUAAUUUGGCAUCUUCGCUCGAUAGUCUCUCUCUUAUUUCUCCCAAUUGAUAAUGUCAUCCGCUGGUGAUUGGUGUUUAAUUGAAAGUGAUCCAGGAGUUUUCACUGAGUUGAUCAGAAGCUUUGGUGUUACCGGUAUUCAAGUCGAAGAAUUAUGGAGCUUGAACCAAGAAAACUUCGAGCCUCUCAAACCGAUUCAUGGACUUAUUUUCUUAUUUAAAUGGUUACCAGGAGAAGAACCUUCCGGAAGUAUCGUUCGAGAUUCGCGAUUGGAAAAAAUGUUUUUCGCUAAACAAGUUAUCAAUAAUGCCUGUGCUACACAAGCUAUUCUGAGUGUUUUAUUGAACUGUUUUCACUCGGAUGUUAAUCUUGGUCCCACUUUAACAGCAUUUAGGGAAUUCAGUUCGUCUUUUGAUCCAGCAAUGAAAGGACUGGCCUUAAGUAACUGCGACCAGAUCAGAGAAGUCCAUAAUUCGUUUGCCCGUCAACAAAUGUUUGAAUUUGAUUUCAAAACUACUGCUAAAGAUGAAGAUGUUUUCCACUUUGUGGCUUACAUCCCAUUUGAAGGUCGAUUGUAUGAAUUAGAUGGUCUUAAGGAUGGUCCAAUUGAUUUGGGUGCUAUCGCCGAAGGCACUGAAUGGACUGAUGUCGCAAAACCUGUUAUUCAAAAGCGAAUUCAAAAGUAUAGUGAAGGAGAAAUUCUUUUCAAUUUACUUGCCCUUAUUAGCGAUCGAAAGAUGUUAUUUGAGCGUCAGUUAGAAGAGCUACAAAAACAAUUGACUGAUCCUGCUUUUGAUUCUGAUACAAAAAACGUUGAGAUUAGUCAACUCAAAAUGCAAAUCGAAGAGGAAGAAGUUAAAAUGAGAAAAUAUAAGGUUGAGAAUAUUCGUCGUAAACACAAUUAUCUACCAUUAAUCGUUGAAGUUCUUAAGACGUUGGCCCAAGAAGGAAAGUUGACUGAUUUAGUUGCGAAAGCGAAAGAAAAAAGCACUGGUACGAAAAAAGUCAAAGAAGAGGCUAAAUGACAACAUUGAAUUUUUCUCGAAAGUUCUGCUCUCAUGAAAUUCACUUUCUAGAACUAAAAUUCUUCCAUUACAAUGUCGGUUUAAGACCAUGUCAAGCAAAUAAAAGCUCAAAUGUGUGUUGAGUCUUUUGAUACUGAUUUCGUGCAUUUAAAUUGUUUCCAAAUGAAAUUUGUACAAUUUUUAAACAAAAACAUAAAAGAAAAUUAUGUUUGUCAA